UCAUUCCAAUUACACGCAAGUAAUUUUAUUCCUCUUGUUCAUACAAUUUACAAUUCUUUCUCUUGUUCAUAUAAUUUUAUUCCUCGGUCAUACAAUUUACAAUUCUUCCUUUUGCUCGUAUAAAUUUAUUAUUUUAUGGGUUAACAUAGAAAGCACAAUUAAAAAUCGGCAACUAUCCUUUAAUUUUAUAAAUUCAAACGAUUUAAAUUUAUCCCUUUAUAGGCACUAUAUUUUAUCUUCUUUGCAACUAUUCUUUGUAAGGCAAUAGUAGCUACCUGGUCCGCGUCAGCGAUCAUAAAAAAUGAAUAAUAAUUUUGUAAAUGUUUUUAAAAACAAAUGUAGUACUACUCUUAGUAAAAACUAACGCGUCUACCUUCGCAAUGGGUUUUAUUGGAUUUUCCUCCGCAAACAGCGUAAUGCUUGCGUUUUAUGUUAUGUAUGUCCCACGCGCGAUCAAAAUAAAAUUGCUUAUUUGCAUUUAAGUGCAGAUAAACCUUUAAUGUCUGCAUGGGUUUUUUUGACAGAAGGGAGCAAUGAUGUAUUUAUGAAAAAAAAACAAAAACAAUUGGGUUCGCGAUUCAAGCAUAAAAUGGUUUACAUUUUUAUUAAAAACAAAACUAAAAAGAAACUGUAUAGACAGUGACAUUUUGCUCCAAAAAAAAAAAAAUUUAUUUGAAAGAAAGUUCCACUUCAUUAACGUUCACGUAAACAAACGUUAUCCAAAUUAUUUUGUUUUAGUAACGCGCAUAAACUAUGUGUUAAAAUUGUAUAACGAAGGCAUUUUGGUUUUCGCCUAAUGCGCAGGAGCCCUCAUACCUAAAAUUUAUACGUGGAUCAACAUUACUUUCUAUGAGAGAGAUUAAAAGUUAUUGCCAAAUCACACGAAAAACGAAAAAGAUUUUAUACAUAGUCAGUGCCCAGCAUUUAUUUUUGUUUAAAAUCAGCGUUUUUUUAGCAAUUUUUGCGGUCUGCUUCGCAUAACAGAAGAGAGCCCGAACACAUUUGGAACAAAAGUAAAUUUGAAGAUAUGUCGGAAGGUCCAGGAAGCUCGAAACAACAAAUUGGUUUUAAAAAGCGCAGCUUUAAAAGGCCGACCAUUAUAAGGAAGCGAGAAUCGAGCGAGGAAUCAGGCGACAGUGAGAAAGAACAAUUAUCGACAGUAGUUCGUGUACGAAAUAAACGUAAGCAUGUCAAUCCAAAUUUUCAAAGUACAAAGCGCGUUAGUGGCAGAGAAGUUCAUAGUGAAAAAAAAGUUUCCUCAAGUGAUGAUAGUGAAAGUGAACAAAAAGUUGGUGUCAGCUAUAGAUCGGGUCGUACAACUGUUCCAAAUGGCCCUCAAGAUCAAGGCGCUACUUCGGUUAAUGAGAUUGAAACCGAAUUAGAUCGAGAUGCUCAGACAAUUCAUGAAAAAGCUCUGAAGAUCAACGAAGAGCUUGAAGGCAAGCCUGAUGAUAAAAUAUACCGUGGUCUAAACAAUUACGCGCAAUACUACAAAAAGCAAGAUAAAGCCGCUGGUAAUGCUAGUUCAGGAAUGGUACGUAAAGGGCCCAUACGAGCACCAGCGCAUUUAAGAGCCACUGUCCGGUGGGAUUACCAACCAGAUAUUUGUAAGGACUAUAAGGAAACUGGUUAUUGCGGUUUCGGGGACAGCUGUAAGUUUCUGCAUGAUCGAAGCGAUUACAAAGCAGGCUGGCAGCUGGAAUUAGAUUACUCGGCUCAACAGAAAGGCGAGUGUGAAUCAGAUGGCGAUGAUAGCAAAUACGAAAUACAUUCUGAUGAAGAAUCACUACCUUUCAAGUGUUUCAUAUGCAGACGAAGCUUCGUUAAUCCAGUUAUUACAAAGUGUAAGCAUUAUUUUUGCGAAAAAUGUGCUUUAGAACAGUACAAGAAAUCGCAGCGUUGCUUCAUUUGCUCUCAACAAACAAAUGGUAUUUUCAAUCCUGCCAAAGAACUGAUUGCCAGACUGAAAAGUGCCCCACCGGAUAAUCGUUGUUCGGGUGAAGAUGGUUCAGAUGAUGAUAGUGAUUAAGAAAAACUUCGUCUUUAUUUUUUCUGUUAUUUUUAAAUCUAAUCGUUCAAAAUUUGUUCCAUAAUUAGUAAUAUAGUCGCGUAACGUCCUUUCAUAGCUUCACACACAAAUAAGCAUAUAUGUAAAUAUAUAUCCUAUAUCGCGUUUACAUGACA